AAAUACAACCAAUACAGUGGCUGGUUAUAAGGCGUGGUUAGAAUAGAACAUCAUGGUAUCCUCAGAAUUAGUGAGAAUGUUUGAAGAAGUGUUGAGUGUUCAGGAACUCAUAAAGAAACCGCUCACUUCAGUUCCUCAAUGCUAUGUUCGACAACAGUGCCAUAACGAACCCGCACUUUUCCCAGAUGAAACCUCAUCUCAGGAACUCCCAAUCAUCAGCCUCAGAAAGCUCAUCCAUGGAGAAGACACGGAGCUUGAGCUAGAGAAAUUGAACUCAGCUUGUAGAGACUGGGGUUUCUUUCAGUUGGUGGAGCAUGGAAUAAGCCCAGCAGUGCUGAAAACACUGAAAGACGAAGUUGAAGGAUUCUUCACGCUCCCCUCGGAAGAAAAGAUGAAAUACAAGAUACAGCCAGGUGAUGUUGAAGGCUACGGACGUGUGAUUAGAGCAGAUGAUACAAAACUGGAUUGGGGUGAUAGGUUCUUUUUUAAAACCAACCCUCGUAGUAUAAGAAAACCACAUCUUUUACCACAGUUCCCUUCGUCAUUCAGGAGUGUGUUAGAGUCAUACAUAAACGAAGUGCAAAAUCUUGGUAUGAGAGUUAUAGGGUUGCUGGGGAAAGCACUGAAGAUAGAGAAGAGAGAGUUGGAGGUGUUCGAGGAUGGGAUACAGAAUCUUCGGAUGACGUACUACCCUCCAUGUCCUGAACCAGACUUAGUUAUGGGACUUUCUGCUCAUUCUGAUGCAUCGGGAAUCACCAUUCUUAACCAAAUGAAUGGCGUGAAUGGCCUGCAGAUUAAGAAAGAUGGAGAUUGGAUUCCAGUGAACGUCUUAUCAGAUGCUUUUGUUAUCAACAUUGGAGACAUUCUGGAGAUUAUGAGCAAUGGAGCAUACAAAAGUGUUGAGCACAGGGCAACAGUGAAUUCAGAGAAGGAAAGGAUUUCCAUUGCCAUGUUCUAUCUGCCGAAGCUUCAAGCUGAUAUUGGACCUGCAUUUAGCCUCACAAACCCAGAAAAUCCUCCUCUGUUCAAAAGAACUGAAGUGGGGACAUACGUGGAAGAUUACUUCACUCAUAAGUUGGAUGGAAAGUCCUACUUGGACCUUAUGAGGAUCUCAGAUCAAAACCUCUCUAUCUAGUUCCAACUACUUACUAUUUUUCAAUAAAUAUCUUAAUAAAGUUUCCCUAUCUUUCUAGAAAAAUGUCACUCUCGCAUUUUAUUUUCUACUGUCCAACAAGCCUAACUUUUCGGCUCUCUUUAAUUUUCAUUCUAAUAUAUAGGGCUGGACAAAAAUAAAUGAUAUGUAUU